UGAUUUGUUCACAUCAACCAAUCAUAGCCCUGGCUGGUGAUGAUGUCAUUCUACCAUGUCACCUUGAACCUCCAAUCAGUGCCAGUUCUGAGACAGUGGUGUGGACCAGACCUGGUUUAGACCCAAAGUACAUCCAUGUUCACCAAGAUGGACGACUGAUGUAUCAAAGUCAAAAUCCAUCUUAUAAUUACCGAACAAGACUGUUUGUGGAUGAACUGCAGAAUGGAAACGUCUCCAUGAAAAUCUUCAAAGUGAAAAUCUCUGAUGCAGGAAAAUACUUUUGCUUCCUUCCUUGGUUAUGGAAGGAAGCUUCCAUCCAACUCGAUGUUGGUGCUGUCUCCCCACCUAUUGUUAGUUUAGCAGGGACUGAUAAAGCCACCGGAGGACUGGUUCUACAGUGUGAGUCUCUAAACGGGACUGGUAUCCAGAGCUGA